UUAUCAAGUGUAAAUAGAUCGGGUUUGAAAUACUGCAAUGUCUGUAAACAAUAUGGACAACGAGAGAGAGUUCCUCGAUUUGCCGAACGAAAUUAUUGAUAUAGUGCUUCAGAACAGGGGAAUAUCUUUUACAGAUAUAUGCAGUAUAUCCCAAACAUGCACAAAAUUGCAAUCUUUGUGUUUGUCAAACGAAUUAUGGAGAAGGAAGCUCCAGCAAAGGUGGCCCAAGCUGCUGCUGAGGUAUUCACGAGAGCAGGCACAUGAUUGGCUGAAGGAGUUCAAAACUUACACCGUGGUGGGCCGUGCUGUGCAAAAACUUGUUAGCCAGCUAUCCCCAAGAUUUUAUAAACUAGAGGAAAUUCCAGAUGAUGGGUUUUCUGAUGUGGUAUCCCUGAUGGAGGAGCAUAACGCAGCUGAAGUUAUCAUAAACGAGUUAAAUGAAAUCAUACAUGAUAAUGACAGGUUUAAGAAUUUGACAAACAAGUACUAUGCAGUGAAGCUACUCCGACACAUUUUUCACUUACAUCUUACUGAGAAAUGGAAAGCUCAUUUACAACAGCCACCCGAUGAGCAAAAACUUGAGAAAGGUGCUACCAUAAUAAGCCAGUGGUUCCAACCUACAGAAGAUGUGACAGAAAAUUCCAUAAUUGACCGCUUGGAUGAAAUUGCAGAAAGAGUUAAGAAAAAUCUACCAGAAAAUUUAGCAUCAAAGUACACUGAAGGAGUGCCAUCACUGAGUACAGAACAAGAAAGAGUGGUUCUAGAAAUCAUGAACCAUGUCUUGUACACGGAGAUGGGUUUCCAUGGAAAUGAAGAAAAUUAUUAUGAUGAAAACAACUCUUUUAUUAACAAAGUUUUGGACCGUAAGCUUGGAAUCCCUAUCAGUCUCUCAGUACUAUAUUUGUCUGUAGCCAGACGACUUGGUGUAACAUGUCAAUGUGUUAACUUUCCUUCUCACUUCCUGCUCAAGUGGAAAGAACAUCCAAUGGCUACUGUAGAUAAGCAGUACACCUUUAUUGAUGCCUUCCAUGGAAAGUUUAUCACAGAGAUAGGAGGUGAUCAUACAGUGUUCACAGACUCCAUACCACACAUUGAGGUUUACAAGAGAAUGCUUCGUAACCUGAUCAAUAUUGCUCGUAAUCACCACCACAUGAGAAGCACCACCACGUUUCUCCGCGAUGCGGUGGAGAUGAUGCUCCUCACCACUCCAGAUGAUAUAGACUACCAGUUCCUCCUGGUGAAAAUCUACAUGUAUCUCAAGAUCAAUCAAGAAAAGGUCAAGGACAUACUGCUGGAGAUGGAAAUCGCGGACGAGGGCAGAGUUUCUCAGGUAGCACGCUUAACAGCUCAGGUGGAAAGGAGUGCCCGGGAAAACGAAGAACUGUUACAGAAAAAGACAAAACCAAAAUACAGGGCAGAAAACAAAGAGGUCAGGUUCUCAGUUGGAAUGGUGAUGAAACAUAAAAGAUACAACUACAUGUGUGUAAUUUUUGGAUGGGAUUCCACUUGUCAAGCAUCUCGAGAGUGGAUCAUUCAGAUGGGGGUUCACAUGCUCCCUCGCAAAGACAAGCAGCCAUUCUACAACGUACUGGUGGAGGACGGAAGCAUAAGAUAUGCUGCAGAUGAAAAUCUUUACCACCCAGACAAUUACUGUGAAAUUCCUCACCCUGAUGUUGGCAAAUAUUUCCAAGAGUUUACUGGUCAGUACUAUGUGAUGAACAAUGAGAAAGCUGAGGAGUAUCCAGACGACAUUCAGGAGACCCAAACCACAGUGGAGGGGGUGGGGAGGGGUCAAUGAGGGACCCAGACAACAGUGGAGGGGAGGGUCAGGGAGUGGUCAAGGCCACAGUGGCGGGGAGGGAUCAGGGAGAGACCCAGGUCACAGCAGAGGGCUGGUCAGUGAGGGACUUGUUACCCGUCAGAAGUCUCGUUAAGGGAGACAACUUCAGGGAAUGAAUAAACUAACAAGAAGUGCAACAAUGGCCAGUUUCGGAUAUUAUUGUAUGAACAUGCUAUGACAGUGUAUUUUUAUUUAAUCAUAUAUGCAAAUUUUUAUAUGUUUAUGAAAUAAAAAAUGUUGAAUUAAUAGUGUCUAUUUCAAAUACACCAAAUGAUGAAUUAACAGUUAAGCUAUGUGUGUUGGUACAUCUUCUUUAUAUUUGUACAAGAAUUUGAAUUAACCAACAUAAAAGAAUGUUUGAAAUUUAAGACAAUCCCUUUUAAGGGUUAUAUGAGAGCAGCUGGACUGCUAAUGAUUGAAGAUGUUUUUCUAUAAUGCAGUUAUAAGAAAUAAUUUUUCUAGAGUGAUUAUUAAUCAGAUGAUAAUGAUUAAACUAGUUUUUUCGGAUUGGUUUUCUUUUUUAAUUUUUAUUUAUGGAAUGAAUCAAUAUUUUUUACGAGGAUAUGAAUAAGGCGAGAAUUCAUAUGAAUGAAUAUAAAAUUUACCCUUCGAUUUUUUAAUGCUAAUAGCAAUACUGCAGUGCUCCCACAAAAUGAGUAUUGUACAAAUUAAUAUAUAUUUUGUUUUUGAAGUUUUUGCAUGGUAUUAUAUUUCAGUGACAAUUAAAAGAACAUAAAAGUAUUGACCAUGUACAGUGAAAACAUUACUGCAUAUAUAAUUGGUUUGUUAUAUAUCAUAAGUUACUUUGUAUAAUGAAAUCUGUUAAUACAGUAAUAAAAUUUCUU